AUGCUCCAGGAUCUCCAAAAGCGUCUCCAGCAUCUGGUAGACUUGGCCAACGAUUUUGCGUUUCUUGCACCACUCGUCUGGCUUUUAUCCAUCUUGUCUGCCUUCUUGCUUCCGACCAAGAUUCCUUCAGAAUCCACACAAUCCCAUAUCCAAGAGGCUUCCCAGAUUCCCUCGCUUUUCCCUUCCAUCAGUAACGUCUCCAUAGAAAGCGAAGAAGAAGAGGAAGAAUCAGAUCCCGCUGUCCAGCCGGCCCGCCCGAUCCCUUGCUCCACGGGUAUCACCACUCGGCUUUUGCCGUUCAAGAACGCCAAGGGCGAGAUCGAGUGGGCCUUCACCGAAGACCUUCCUCCGGGACUGGAGCUUGAAGCGUUUAGAAUCCACCAUGAACCUUCCAAGAACGCAAAGAAAGAAACUGACGAUAUCUUGUCGCCAGUUACCUCCAGCAGCUCCAACAACGAGUCUAUUGUGUAUGAGAAACUGAACUCCGUGGCUCAGGUAAACACCCCUUCGUCGACGGCUUCGGACGACGACAAGACGUCCGGUAAGGAAGAUGAAGAGGCGGGUGCUGGCGAGUCCACUGACGGUCAAGUCCAUCAAUGUCCUCAUUGUAACACCUCCUUCAAGAUGCGUGGUUACUUGACCCGUCAUAUCAAGAAGCAUGCUUCCGAAAAGGCUUACAAGUGUCCAUUCCACAAGUCCUCCAUCUACAAAGACGAAAACGACGUCGUUCACAAGUGUCAUCCUACUGGUGGCUUCUCCAGAAGAGACACUUAUAAGACCCAUUUGAAGUCCCGUCAUUUCAAGUACCCAGAUAACACCCCCAUCAAGGCUCGUAACUCUUCUGCCGGUAACUGCUCCAUGUGUGGCGAGUGGUUCGAGAACGGUGAAGUUUGGUGUGAAAUUCAUAUUGAAGGCGGUGAGUGCAAGUACCUUCCUCCAGGCUUUAAGGGUAAGUCCAGAAUUAAGAACAGACUCAAGAAGGAGCUUGCUCGUAUGAUGAAGGAACAAAAGAAGACUAAGCAAAAGAAAGCUAAGGUCUCUGCCGUUCAGAACACCCAGUCUCCUGUCAUGGGCACUCCUAAUUCCAUGACCACUCCUAUGCCUCCUACGGGCAGCUCAUGUGAGUAUAAUGACUCUCCAUCGUCCACUUCAAGCGGUCAUCACUCCGUUCACCUGCAGCCACAGGCUUUCAAGCAUGAACUGCCAAACGUAGAAAUGAUUCCUGAGGCCCUGCUGCCUGCUGAGGAUUACGAUGACGGCUUUUGCCUCGAUACCGAACAGUUAGGUAUUCCUAUCCCUACACCAGAAAUGUUACUUCUGCAACAAGCUGCCAUGGCUAACAUGGUGCAAAAUGUGGCUCCUGAGAACUUUACUCCUCAGGCGGCUUCCAUGGCCCAACAGUCGAUGCCUCCGCAAUCGAUGCCACAGCACAUGUACGAGCAGCCAGCUCCACAGAAAUUCUAUCAGCAACAGAUACCAGCUCACAUCCGUACACAGAUGCAGAUGCAAAUGCCAAUGGGAUUUCACAGCGACGAUAACAUGAUUAGGGAAAAAGGAUAUUAA